UUAAUGAUGGAAGGGAAAUAUUUAUUUAUGUAUGUUGCAUGUAUGACUUUAGCUGUCAAUGUGAACCUGGGUUUAGGCGAUGAUGAUGAUGAAGUAAAUGUAGCGAUGGAGUGUGGCCGUCAAAAGUUGGAUGCAAUAACAUAUGACGAACUUCUAAGAUAUGGUGGAAGUGUAUUUCAGAAGGCUGGUACAGAAGACUACUCAAAUAUUGAGUUGGAUUCCAAGCGGCAUCAGGUCAUAGUCGGAGCAAAAGAUAACUUAUUCCGUCUUGGUGAAAAUGAUCUAAAUGAGUUACAGGCUGUAGAAUGGCGACCAGAUGACCGUACCCAAAUGAAAUGUGCCAGUAAGGGAGAAUCAUUGGAAAAUUGCUGCAAUUUCAUCCGUGUGUUGCUUCCUAAAGAUGAUAGUGUGUUUACCUGUGGUACCUAUGCUUUCUCCCCUCAGUGUACUUGGAGGAAGAUUUCUAACCUGACAGAAGUAAGCAGAACCAUGGAUGGCAUUGCAAAGUGCCCUUACAACCCACAUCACAAUGCAACAGCCCUUCUCACCAGCUCAGGGGAUCUUUACAGCGGCACUGUAAUGGACUUCAUGGCCCGUGACCCAGUUGUCUACCGUACCAUGGGACCAUCACCCCAGCUCAGGACCGCCCAACUCAACUCCAAAUGGUUAAAUGAACCCAACUUUGUCGCGUCCUUUGAGAUUGAUCCAUACAUCUACAUAUUCUUCCGUGAAACAGCAGUAGAAUAUACAAAUUGUGGAAAGGCUAUUUACUCUAGGGUGGCGCGUGUUUGUAAGAAUGAUACUGGUGGUGAGUACAUGCUGAUUGAAAAUUGGACAACUUAUGUGAAAGCCAGACUUAACUGUUCCAUUCCAGGAGAAUAUCCAUUCUAUUUCCAUGAAAUACAGAGUGCUGUUUACGACAACAAAGAUGGUAUCAUUUAUGGAGUGUUCACCACCCAGCGAAAUGGUAUGAGUGGUUCGGCUGUAUGUGCCUUCGACAUAGCAUCAUUUGACAAUGCCUUUGAAGGGCCAUAUAAAGUACAACAUAAGGAAGGCUCGUGGGGUCCACACCCAAACAACAGCCCAAAUUUCAAGUGCCAUCUGAAAGAGGGUCGCAAUAAGCAGAAGUCGGACCGCAGCCUUAAGGAAGCAGCGCGAUUUCAACUUAUGGAUCGUGCGGUACAACCACUAUUAAACAAGCCGGUUCAUGUUGAGGCCGAAGGAGAGGAAAGAGUGACUCAAGUGAGUGUUGACAAACUUGUUGUGAAAGGGCAAAGUUACCGCGUAGUUUUCCUUGGUACAGAGGGGGGAAAAGUCAAAAAGGUUGUAACUCUGCCAGGGCAAGUGUCAUCAUGUGUAGUAGAGGAGAUUCACCUGAUGCCUGAAGAUGAGCAUGCUAUAGUCAAAACAGUGAAACUUGACGUUGAAAGGGGGAUGUUGUAUGUAGGACUACAGAACAAGGUAAUGAAGGUACCGGUGCAAAGGUGUGGGCGAUUCAUCACAGAGGUAACGUGUCUUAAUGCAAUGGACCCGUAUUGUGGAUGGCAAAAGAACGAAGCGAAGUGUGUUUCAAUAUACCAAGUAUCUGAUUUUGAAGGAUGGAUACAAGACAUGUCUUCUUGCCCCAUCCUUAGUGGUCCAAUUGAUGGAGGUUAUUCUAAGUGGUCAGAUUGGGCCAAUUGUAACAGUCCAAACGGUUGGGAGCAAUGCAUGUGUCGAACCAGGAUAUGUGAUAGUCCUGCUCCAAAAUGUGGUGGUAUGCCGUGCUUGGAUGCAUCCAUUGAAGUGGUCAACUGUACAGUUCUCGGUUCAUGUCUACAACUUAUAAACUUCAUCCAGGCAUCUUCAACAGGUGGCAGUGUUAUUAGCACCUGGGGAGAUUGGGAAGAGUGGACGGAAUGUUCGGCAAAAUGUAAUGGCGGUUUUCGAUCACAUACGCGGAAAUGUCCGGAUGGAAAACAAUGUGUUGGCAACUCCAUCGAAUGGGAAGAAUGUAAUACAGAACCUUGUCCAGAUAAACGAAGAACAUCGCCAUGGACAUCGUGGACAGUUACAAAUAUAACUGAAAAGGGGUACAUGUUGAGACGUGUGCGGUUUAUGUGCCGUGCACCUGUGCCAGAGCAGGAACGUAUCAAUGUUGCAAGAAUCAAAGAAAGUCAGAAGACCUGUCGAUUUGAUGACAAGAGUUGCUGGGAUCAGUCAGGUAAUUUUGGAGGCUGGACUGCUUGGUCAGAAUGGAAAGAGUGCUCCGUGUCUUGUGGUGAUGGGGUUGAAGUGAGGUAUAGGGGUUGUUUUCCUGGAAGCAAUCUCUGCAUAGGGCCUGACUAUGAAACAAGAUCAUGUAGCAGACCUACUUGUCCAGUAAAUGGCGGAUGGUCAUGUUGGACUGCUUGGGGCGAGUGUACGGCAAAAAUCAGUGGGACCGAGGGUCUUAAACAACGUUAUCGGCAAUGUACCAACCCGGAACCUGCAUUUGGAGGCACAGACUGUGUCGGAAAUUCAACAGAGAUUGUCAUAUGUAUAAAAGAGGAAUGUAAACCAGAAGCAAAAUAUGUCACAUCGGAUGGUUUCAAGAAUUGGAAUAAGUGGACAAAAUGUAGCGCCGAGGGAAAGCGCCACCGCAGUCGGCAGUGUUCUACACGUAACCCAUCAGAAGGGAUGUGUCUUGGUUGUGCAAAAGAAAUUGAAUAUUGUCACAAUGGGAACAGGAUCUCAAGAUCUGCAGACAGUUAUCUUCCAUUCCAAGUUGCAAGAGCAUCAACAGCUGAAGAUGGACGGGAAGAUCCAGCGGAGGAACCAUGCAAGAGCAUUACCAGUCUUCAGUUAACUUACCUUAUCUUAAUCUCACUCGGCUCUGCUCUCAUCGGAGCAGUCCUAGCGCUCUCUUGCUAUUUCUCAUACGAGAAGUGUAAAAAACGCAACCAGAAGAAACCGCAGAUUACGCAGCUCACAGAACAUGAGCCGGAACUAUUUCCCGAAGGCAUGGAAACAAUCAGGCAUUCUAUUUUAUCACGGGACAUUACCAAGAAGGAAAAUUUCCGGCAUUCAUUCAUUUCGCAAGAUGAAGAUUUUGAAAUUAGUUUCAAUGCGGGUACUCCGCAGAUCACAAAUCCAGAGUCAUAAAUGCGGGAAUGACUCAAUACCUUGAGAUUAAGGAAGCUAAUAUAUAAGUGUACUUAUUAAGACUAAACUAUAACCGCAAUUAUUUAUGCUGUAAAUGAUAAUUUGCCAGAGAACGUGAGAAAUUAUCAAGAUCAACUCGUACUUAACAUGUUUUCUUUAGGGUUAUUGAAUGAGUGUUGAGUUCACUUUUCAGUCGGUUUAGGGUCUUAACAGAUACAAAUGGUAGAUUUUCAGAGCCAGUCAUCCUGUAGUGAUUAAAUUCACCCAUACUCAGUACUUGAUUCUGUCUGAUAUAUACAUCAUGUGCUAUGAUUUUAUUCACAAAUUUCAAAUCAAAAACUUUGUCAUACAAAAAAAUUGUACUACAGGAUUUGUCCUGGUUUUUAUCGGAUAACUUAUUCAAUAGUAAAUUAUUAUAUUGUAUUUUGAAAAACAAAAUUUUGUUUAUAUAAAUUUUCUACAUACCUUGAUUGGCAAAAAAAAUAAUAUAGAAAAUAUUAAUGCCAUUUUAAUUAAUAUAAUGGUAUAAUAAUUAUAUCAAACUUGAUAUUCUUUGGAGGGAUUAUUUUUAGAAUACCAUGAAUGUUAUAUUAUUUAUAUGUAGAAUAAAAUAUAUUGAGUUUGAAAAAUAUUGCACCAUCUCAGACACAGAUAUAUUGAUAGACCUUUUAUAUAAAGUAAAAUUUUGAAUGUAAGUUUGUAAUUACUGUAAUGAGAUACAAUAAGGGAUAUUAACAAUUAAGAUCUUGAUUUCUUUCUUACAUCAAAAAGUAUAUGGGUAUGGGAUUUAUAAAUUUUUUGCAUCUUGGUUUUUUUUCUUUUAAAUUUACAGCUUAUUUAAGAUAUGCAUCAUACACUAUAUUAUGAAUAUAUCACAAAAGAUCAUAAAUGUAUUGGUAUAUUUUUUAUUGCUUGAAAAUAUGAUAUUAAUAUAUGUAUUGAAUAUUCACACUGCUGAGUUAUGUAAAUUGUAUAUGGAUGCUAAUAUUGUAUUCUAUGUUUAAUUUUGUUUAUAUUUUGCAUUAUUGAUAUGCAUUUCUAUGAGGGUAUGUUUAACAGUGCUUAGCUUGCUUUGAUUAUUCGCUGUUAAUUUCCUAUUGUUAAAAUUUUCCACAUCACAUUGUAAAGCAGUAUGUUCUGAGUGGCCUUCCCGAUUUCAGAUUAGGAUUAGGAGAUUAUUACUGUAUGCUUAUAACUUACACUGUAACAGCCUAUUUAUUUAUUUGUAUAUUUAUUAAAACUCGAAUGGGAUUAGUAAUGCUGAAAUUAACUGAGUGAAAAAGAAGUCUAUCAGAGGCUUAUUUUUACCUUGUUUACAUUGAAGGAGAAAUUAUCAACAAAUGGGUCAUAAUAUGUUGUUAUGCUUCUUAAAACUGUAGAAAUGUAUUUAUUUAUUUGUAUAUGUACAAGUGGAUUAUUAAUGCUGAAAUGAAUUAAAUGAAAAAAAUAUAUAUCAGAUCCUUGUUUUUACUUUGUUUACAUCAAAAAGAAAACAGACAUAAAAACGGCAUAUUAUGGAUUAUAUAUAGAUUUACAAAUCAUCAAAUAAACAUCCUUAAUACGCAUUGUUGUUUUCUCCAGUCUGUAAGCAGCUUAAAUUCUCAGCCAUGCUGCUGUGUUUUACAGUAGCUAAACACUACAAUUAAACAUACAGUAUACCGGAUUCUACUGUUUGGUAAAUUCUACUGGACUUUAGUUGAAUGUUAAUUAUUCAAAUGUUCCAAUAUGUUCAUUUUUAUUAUUGCUUGGAUUUUAGAAUAUUUUGAUGCAUUCCUUAUCUGGACGAAGCAAGGAUUUGCUAUCAAAUCUGAGCAUGAUGUUUUUACAGAGAGUGGUCAGUGUUGGUAUGUUUAUACUUUAUCCAUUAUGGAGGUUUAUUAAAUAGAAUUUAUAAUGAAACUAACUCAGCAUUGUUUGGUGGGUGAUAGAGAGCAGCUGCCUUAUUGGUUGUUAACUAUCAUCCAAUCAGAAUCCAGCAUUAUAAAUGGGUAGGCGGCAAUCAGGUAGGAUUUGUUAAUUGUUCGGCCAAUCACAAUUAUUUGAUUAUUUACUGUAGCAGGAAUUGAAAAAUUAUCCAAUUUAAUCAGUAUUUAUCUUCGACAAUUGUUUGUUUUAACAGAAAUAUGUUUUGGAAUAAUUAAUUCUGUGUCUGCCUCUGCAUUAAAUAAUUGAAUCUUCAAUUAUCAAAUAACUCUGCACUGCAGACCACAGUGUAGAGCAGUAUACUUUUAUUGUUUAUGUGGAUUUAAGAUGUUUCAAAUAAGAACGUGGUGAAGUAUGAAAGCAAUAUCUAUGCUUGUAGAUGAUAAAAUAUUUAUGACUUAAAAAGUAUACUUUCUCUUGAAUGUAUAUAAUGUAUACUUGUACUUCUCUGUUUGAACCUAGAUAUUGUUUUUACAUUUGCGCCAUUAUUUUUCAACACUUGUUUGGGGAACACGGUUUUUUUCUCAUUAAAUAGAAACUCCUUAAGCUGAGCUGAGCUUUGAUAAUUUUUUACAUUUUUUACUUUGUUAGUUUUAAUGAAAUUUGUAAUACAACAGGGUUAAGAUUAUGCUUGGAACUUGCAGCACAAAUGGGUUUAUUUUGCAGGGAGCAUUGAGAAUAGCUAAAGGCCUGUGCCUUGUAAAUGUCCGCUUAGAACACAACAAACAAUCCGAAUAAUUAGAACAAUCAUAUAGCAAAUAUUCAAAUAGUCUGGUUUUAGCUUAUAUUGGUCGGCAUAAUUAACCUAUUGAGUCACGUGGACCUUUCUGUUUCUGUUGAUUGGUCAGUUGUAAAGUUCGAUUGCCACUCCAGAAAUGUUAAUUGAAAUAUAUUUGCCUUGGCGAUGCUUUAAUAUCAUUUAUUGGUAUAAUCAUACAUAGUAUAUAGUUAUGGUGUAUAAGUCACCUUCAAAGUUUAUUCAUUGGAUCAUUAUUUGUUUCAAUAUUGUAUUUGUUUUCUCUUUGUAACUGCCUAGUACCAUAUUGUGUAAAUGACCUGUCUGCUCUGAGCAAAUGUUUUAGAAUGCAUUAGAAGUUGAAGAUGUUGCAACAAAAUCUUUACAUAGCAGCACAAUUAAUUGAAUGAUAAAAUAAAUCCUUUUGUAACAUAAAA